AAAUCUAUUGUGCCGUCAAUACGUUCUACAAAUAUAUAUACCACCAAAGCGAUAUUCUCCGUGGCGUUUGGAAUUCGGAUAAAUUUCUUCGACACACAAUCGCUAGAAUUUUGUGUAAACUUUCAGGCAAACUGCGCGCUGCAUAAUCGUGACAUCGUCGGUCUUUACAACGCAGCUCCAAACUGAACAAUAGGCAUAUGGAAUAAGUGAGUGAUCGCUUAUAAAGCUGGUGGAAGAGUUCCUGUUCGAGUUAGUCGCCUGAAGUAAACGUGAAGGAAAAAAAAAACACCAUGUUGCUCACUUUUAUAAUCGUCGCUACGGCGAUAGCACUUCUUUUUUGGACCUAUGCCAGUGACAAGGUGAGCUACUGGAAGAGACGCGGCGUCGAAUUCCUCACUCCCAAUCUGAUCUUCGGCAACUUCAAAGAUGCCGUGCUCUUCCGUUCCGCGCCAGGAUGGCAUAUCGGUGACCUGUACAAGAUGGCCCGUCCAGACGCGCCCUUCGUUGGCUUCUACAUCUUUCACAAGCCGUGUCUGCUGUUACGCGAUCCAGAGAUCAUCAAGCAUGUCAUGAUUCGCGAUUUUGACAAUUUCUCCGACCGUCACUUUGCCGGCUCUAAUCAGAAGGACAGUUUCGGUAUGAAGAAUCUGUUCGGUUUGAAGAACCCGGCCUGGAAAUAUCUACGAACUAAGAUCACGCCUACCCUGACGAUGGCAAAAUUGAAGCAGAUGUUGCCGUUGAUGAUGGAGACCGCAGAGCCCAUGUUGAACUAUAUAAAAGAUCAACCGGUGGAUCACAACAACAUGAAACUGUUGGACGUCCAAGAUUUCAAUUACAAAUACACGACCGAUUUAAUCGCUUCAAUUGCGCUCGGCAUUAAGGUAGAUUCCUUCUACUAUUCGAACAAGGAAUUCUCGGCCGCAGUUAAAGAGUUCUUUUACGGAUUCAAGAGGAUGGUUGCUCUAAUAACGGUAUUUUUCAUGCCCGAACUAGUGGAAAUAAUCGGAACAAGAAUGCUUUUUAAUUUCACCUUCGUGAGAAAAAUCUUCUGGAAUGCGAUGGAGAAUCGCGAGAAGACCGGCGAGAAGCGAGGAGAUUUCAUUGACUCACUGCUCCAAAUGAAAAACGGCGAACAGAAUCCCAUUUAUAAAUUCGAGGGAGAUAAUCUACUGUAUCAGUCCGGCAUUUUUUUCUCCGGCUUCGAAUCAAGCUCCAUGAGCACAUCCUUUACUCUAAUGGAACUGGCGAAGCAUCCGGAGUAUCAGGAGCUGGCCAGGAAAGACAUUAAUAGAGCGAUCGAGGAAUACGGUUGGACAUACGAGGCGUUCCAGGAUAUGAAGUAUCUGGAGCAAACUAUACUCGAAAGUCUGAGGCUGCAUCCACCCGUGCCUAUUGUCGACAGAUACACUCGUGAGGAUUACAAGAUUCCUAACACUGAUAUCAUCAUCGAGAAAGGCACGCCAAUAUAUAUCUCCUUGUCUGGACUUGGGAUGGAUCCUAGAUUCUGGGAUGAACCGGAAGUCUACAACCCCGACAGAUUCGCCGAGGGCAAUCACAUUCCCGAUGCCUAUAUGACGUUCGGGAUUGGUCCUAGGAUGUGCGUAGGAGUAAGAGUGGGCCAACUGCACACUAAAGUUGUUCUAGCUUUAUUACUGAGAGAAUACGAAGUUUGGCAGACUAAAGAACACGUGAGUUUUCUCGAUUCGCGUUCGACCUUCACGGUUGCGUGCAAUGGAAUUCAACUGUACUUCAAGAAGAUACGAUAA